UCAUCUUCCAUUGCAGUCGUUAGAACGUUACGAUGUGAACAUCGCUCGGUAUGUUUGUCAUAAAGUGUUCGUCGAGGUCGCUUCCACCACCGUUUGCAACAGAAGCCAGCUCAGAAAGUUCUCGCGGCAGAACCAGCGAUGCUCUCAAGAGCGAUGACGAAGGUUUCGCGUCUCGGGAAGCCACCGCCUUCCUCCUCCUCCUCCUCCUUGUUCCGUUUCGUCAAUGCCGUCGCUGUUGAUCCUCCGCUGCCGCUGUUUUACCACCGAACCCUUUCGACGAUCCAACUCCAUUCGUCGUCCGGUGAGCGCUUCUACCUUUCUUCUUUGUUGCCGGCCAUCUUCUUAAUGGGGGCGUUCGGCGCCGGAUCGGUGCAGACCACUUACGCCGACGGCGAUGAGGAUUACGAUCCCUAUGCUGCCACCGACUCCUGGUCGAGUUCCAAAACCGCGGAUAAAUUGGAUAGGGUAAAGUUGCAAUUGGAGGUGUUGCUGCAAAUCAGAGGAAUGGAGAAAGGAUCCUACCCGCCCUACACCCUUUCUGCAAGGGGUCAGCAGGUUAUCAUCAAGUUCAAAAUUCCUCCUACAUGUGAGUUAUCGCACAUAAUUACGGAUCUUGUUAAGAACCUUGGUGACACGUCCAAGCAACUAGGUGGUGGUUCAAAAAUUCAUUUAUAUGCUUUUGACAGUGCAGCUGGAUGGCGAAUAGCUCUUAACCCUUCAGAAAAGAUUGGGGUUUCUGAUGCAACAAAUGAGGGUGGUCUUUCCAUACUGAUAAUAAGCUCUCUACAUGAUUCAGAUUUUUGUGUGAUUAAGUUCAUUAAACGGGGAAUGUAUAGUUUCAGAGAGCUUGAUUCCAUGGUUAGUGCAUUAAAAUUAGCUGGUGAGCAAGCUAAUAUCAAAAAAUCAUCAGGAAGCUACACAAAGGCAUAUAAGAGAGGUGAUAUUUAUCCUGAGAAAACAGUGUCUGCUUUAGAGGCCAUGGGUGUGGUAGUAUAUGGACUUGACGAGACUUCUGGUAUCUCUUUGGAUGGUACAAUAUCCUGGGAGAACAUGGCAGGAUAUGAUGACCAAAAACGGGAAAUAGAAGAUACUAUACUAUUGGCACUUCAAAGCCCGGAAGUAUAUGAUGAAGUCGCCCGUGGUACCCGUCGUAAAUUUGAAACAAAUCGUCCUCGAGCUGUGCUUUUUGAAGGCCCUCCAGGAACUGGGAAAACUACUGCUGCUCGAGUAAUUGCUAAACAAGCGGGUGUUCCGUUGCUGUAUGUGCCUUUGGAAGUUAUAAUGUCAAAAUGUUAUGGUGAAAGUGAGCGUUUGUUAGCCAAAGUGUUCUCUCUUGCAAAUGAGCUUCCAUCUGGAGCAAUAAUUUUCCUUGAUGAGGUUGAUUCUUUUGCUGCUUCUCGAUGUAAUCAAAUGCACGAAGCUACCCGUAGAAUUUUGUCAGUGAUAUUGCGUCAGAUUGAUGGUUUUGAGAAAGAAAAACAAGUAAUUGUUAUAGCUGCAACAAAUAGAAAGAAAGACCUUGAUCCUGCUCUUAUUAGCCGCUUUGAUUCAAUGAUUUCAUUUUCCCUACCGGAUCAACAAACCCGUGAAGGAAUAGCUGCUCAAUAUGCAAAGCAUCUACUCAAGACAGAAAUAAUUCUAUUAGCUGCAGCUACGGAUGGAAUGUCUGGAAGAGAUAUUAGAGAUGUCUGUCAACAAACGGAACGACAUUGGGCAUCAAAGCUGAUAAGAGGCCAAGCACCAAACGAUGCUACUCGAAGAACAACGAAACUUCCUCCUAUCGAGGAGUAUAUUAAUAGUGCUGAGCAGCGGCGUGAAGCUUUGUUGUUGGAUAUUUCAGGGGGUAACAAAUGCCCUAAAUCUUGUAUUUGAAAAAGUUUUAGUGGAUUAGUUAAUGAAGGUGGGCAACAUCUCCUGUAGAGAGUUCAGUUCAGAUAGAUUAUUGCAGUUUGAUCCUCAAAUAAACAUCUAAAUAAAGGGAACAUAAGAUUGACUUCAUGCAUCA